AUGAGUACACUAAACACAGAGAAAAACCAAGAGAUGGAGAUUGAUCAUCCGAUAUCUUCUAUGCCAUCCACAGAUGAUAUCUUUGAGCACAUGCCAAUAAUUUCGCCGAAGAUCACGCCAACGGAGUCGGAGGAGGAGGAAGAGCAGGAUUUGUACAAAGCAGGUGCAGAUGUGAGGUAUCAUCGGACCAAAAAGCAGAUGCUUAGUCACAAUGUUGAGAAGCUGAUUCCAGACGUCGAAGUUGAAGCGAAAAGAAACCUUUUACCCGAUAUUUUACCCAGGGUUCAGUGCAUAGCAAGGGCCCGGAUCCCAACAACGAAGGGCCCGGAGAUUUUCUUGCAUUUAUAUGCCAACAACGUUGACAAGAAGGAGCAUCUUGCGAUAGUGUUCGGUGAAGAUAUCCGAUCGAGAAGUUUAUUCAGAAGAAAUCCCGGAGAAACACAGGGUGACAGAAUGACAAGGGGGGCGUAUGUUGGCAGGCUCUAUCCGGGAAGAAAGCUUGCAGACAAGGACGAGAAACUCGGGAUAGAGGCGCGGUUUGACGCCAAGGGCGAUAUAGUACCAGAUGUGGAUUCGGCGUGUGCAAAAGAGCCCACUUUGGUCAGAAUACAUUCCGAAUGUUACACGGGGGAGACCGCGUGGUCUGCCCGGUGCGAUUGUGGGGAGCAAUUCGACGAAGCAGGGCGGUUGAUGGGGAAAAACGGGCAUGGAUGUAUUGUGUAUUUGCGGCAGGAGGGAAGAGGUAUAGGGCUUGGAGAAAAGCUCAAAGCUUACAACCUACAGGACUUGGGUUCCGAUACAGUCCAGGCCAAUCUCUUGCUCCGGCACCCGGCGGACAAACGGAGCUACUCGAUGGCCACGGCAAUUUUACUGGAUUUGGGUCUUACACAGAUCAGAUUACUCACGAACAACCCGGACAAGAUUAUAGCGGUCGAGGGCAAGAAGCAGCUGGUCAAAGUGGUGGAAAGAGUACCUAUGAUCCCUUUGGCAUGGCAGAAGAAGGGCAAGGGAAUCGAAUCGAAGGAAAUUGAGGGAUAUCUACGGACGAAGGUGGAGAGAAUGGGUCAUUUAUUGAGCUGCCCGCCUGAGAAACAGAUCUAG